GUCCAGCUAAGCGGCCUCUACACGUAGAUCAAGGGUUAUUUAAAGCGAGAAACAUGUGCCCCUGGUUACGAUCCUCUAGCAAAAGAUACCUACCGCUUCAUCACUCCCUCAUUUUAUCUCUUAUCACAUACAUCGUCCCCAAGAACGCAAAACUCUUUCACUCCCAGAGUCAAAACCUGCAACAUGUCAUUCGCCCAUUCCUGUCAGAACAUCCGGUUGGAGGACGGGCACAUUCUUGCGUGUUCUGCACCCGACCGAAAUGGAAACUUGGUAGAAGCCAGACUGGACCUCGACGUACUUAUCGGAAAUGAAGACGGCACAAUCUUUUGGGACGGUCAAAAUUUCUCGCAUUCAGCCCAGAAUAUCACGCUGGAAGGAUCUCUUCUGACGGCCGACCUCCCGGCGAGAGAUGGAAGCUUCAAUGAAAGACAAGGUAUCGACCUCGGUGAGCGGAUUUCGAAUGAGGACGGCAGACUGGUGUACAUUUAGACCAAAGGGGAACUUUGACUGGUUUUUGACUUGUGGUCGGUCUUGAUGCAAUUGAGCUCCUCGAUGCUGGAUAUAGAAUGGUGUUCCGCAAUAGAUCCCCAUAUAG